CAUUCUUUUUGUGUCCUUGCUUAAGUAAUAUUAUCCAUGAGCAGCAAGUAUACAAGACGCUAAAUUGUGAAAGCUUCAGUAACGCUUGAAUUGUUUUUAUGAAUGUAGUAAUAGCUGUUAAUGUAGCUUUAAGACGAUUAUUCAUAACGAAAGGUACAUCAUGGAUAAGAUGAGCUAAUGUUAGCUAACACGAGUAAAGCAUCAUGUCUUAACCCCUCAUUGACAUUAGACAGCAUAUUGAAGUGCUAAUCAGUGCGAUAAGCCAUAUGUUAUUGUAGGUGUGUCUGUCAUGAUGUCUGCACUUUAUCGAUGCGUUUUGUUAAACCGGGUAUCCAAAUCUAAAACCCACACAGGUCUGAUACAGGUGAUGAGAUUUGGUUAUAAUGUGCUUCCUCCUCAGUGGAAGACAUGCGGGAGCUUCCUGCAAGCUGAAAACAAAACCAGAAACCAGCUAACUAAAAAUUUAAGUAACGUUGCUGUGGCUCACAAAGCAGGGAUGCGAAGUUUUUCUGGCUCAAGUUGUCUGUCGAUUAAACCUUUAACUGAGGAUGGAAAAGCUCGAGUGAAGAGAGUUUCCAUCGAGGGCAACAUCGCUGUUGGAAAGUCAACCUUUGCAAGACUCUUGCAAUCAGCUUGCCCAGACUGGGAGGUGGUGGCAGAACCUGUCAGCAAGUGGCAGAACAUUGAAAGUGGGACCUCGAAGGGGCCAGGUGCAUCCCCUGAGACGACAGCGAGCAACCUGCUAGAGAUGAUGUACCAGGACCCCCAGCGCUGGUCUUACACGUUUCAAACACAUUCCUGCAUGAGCCGGCUGAGAACGCAGCUGCAGCCUCCUCCAGCUCACCUGCUCAGCUCAGAGAGAACUCCUGUCCAGGUGUAUGAGCGCUCCAUCUACAGCGACAGAUAUAUCUUUGCUCUGAAUAUGUUUGAGCUCGGUUGUAUCAACUCUACUGAGUGGGCCGUCUACCAGGAUUGGCACUCUCUCCUGGUAGAGCAGUUUGGACACCAGGUGGCGCUGGAGGGCAUCAUCUACCUCAGAGCCCAGCCACAGAAAUGUAUGGAGCGCCUGGCGCGCCGGGGAAGAGAGGAGGAGAAGGGAGUGAAGCUGGACUAUCUGGAAAAGCUGCAUAUUCAACAUGAGAGAUGGCUUGUUGACAAGAGCACUGAAAUACAUUUUGAGAAGUUGAAAGAGAUACCUGUGUUACAACUCGAUGCCAGCAUGGAGUUUCAGAGUGACCCAGAGGUGCGGGAGCAAUUUAUAACACAGGUGAAGAACUUCUUCAAAACUUUUUGAGAAGACAGUCAUCAGGAACCAUCAACCGUCAGACCUCAGUCACUCAAGUUUGUUAUCUGAGC